AAGUGGGAUUUACUAUGUAAAAGAAAUUAUUACGUCGAAUUGUCUCAAAUCUUCUUUCAACUCGGAUGCCUAGCCGGAGAAAUAUUCUUCUCGUACCUAAUCGACAAAUACGGCAGAAGGAUGUGUCAGAUAGUGACUCACGCAGUCAUUUUCUUUCUUGGUUUGGCCUACGCAAUGGCCUACAACUACACGACAUUUGCUGUCUUGAGAGUUUUCAUUGGGGUGGCUCUGAAUGGAACGGCAGGGCUGAUGUACCUAAUUGAAUUAUUUGACUCCAAGCAUCGAACCAUUGCAUCCCUAAUGUGUCAAAUCAUCGACGUCCUAAUGCUUCUAUUACUCUGUCUUUUGGCUUAUGUCAUCUUCAAUUGGAGGUCCUUCCAUUCAUUUUAUUUUCGUUUAGUUUUUGCUAAAAUAUAUUCAUAG